AUGAGCGCGGCUUUUCGACGCGAGCCGAACCCUCCGAAACCGGUGCUCUCCGUGCGGUCCCAGGUCGACAGGGACUUGCACCCCGCUGUCGACACUGCUCUGCGUGACCUGAAGAAAUUCUCCCGUCGGCUGCACGCCACCUUCGACGCAUUCUCCGAGGAGCUACAGGUCUUGGACCGUGUUUUCUACAAGGGGAAAAAUCAGCAUCGCUCAGCUCUCUUCUGGCGUCGAGUCGCAGACAUACGCAAAUUUAGCCAGCGCAUAGCGGAAUAUAAUGCGCCUCAAAAUGUUGAUUCCUGCCGCUGCUCCUUCUUUGGUCCUGAUGUGCAGGCAAACUCGAAGGCUCUGAAAGGCGCCUGGUCCCACGUACCUGACAAUAAGACUAUGGCCUUCAUUCUCGACCGGUUCGUUGCGGGGAUCAAUUUGUUGGACAAGGCUCACGAAAGACUGCUCAAUGCAUAUCGCGCCUUCAUCCUCGAGAUGCAGUCCGGCUUCUUCAUACAGCUCAUACUCACCCUCGCUGCUCUCGCCUCACGCCUCGAUGUCCUUGUACAAGACCUGGCCGAUGCGCUGCGCGGGUCGUGGGCGUCGAUGUACAGGUUGUUUAGCGCCCUCAAUCCAUCCGAGGCGAAGAAGGUCCAGAAACCCCAGGCCGCUGGAGCGCUCGAUAGCGACAAGCAGGAUCUUCCUCCACAUCCCCCUUCGUCCACACUCCCUGUCGUCGAGGAAUUGCUAGGAGGCGGGGAGGAUACUGGCGAGACGAUCAAGCGUGUCGAGGCUAAGGUGCCCAUCGAGCCGUCGACCGGGGGCUCUAUGAUCAACACGCCUCUGUUCGACACUGCGAAGGCCAAUAGGCCAGACGAAGCGAAGCCCGCGUUCACAAUUGUGGACGACGACGAGGACACGAUCACCGUAGCCGACAUCACCGCGAUGCCCGGGCCUGCACGUAAGCCCUUCCUCGUUCCUCUCCCUUACAACCAGCUCACGACUCUUUUCCAAUUAGAAAUCAUCGCCAUACCGCCGACGGCCCCUCCAAGCAGAACCGCCCCAGCGACAGUGCAUCCGUCCAAGCAACCGGGCGUCGCCGCGUCAUCCACCAAGCAACCCAAGAAGCGCCCCGUCGAGGACGCGAAGGCGAAGGAGCAGGCACCCAAAAGGAAGAAAAAGAAGGACGCGAUAGACGACAUCUUCGGUUUCUGA